GCCAUCGAAGAGGUUCAGUAUUCUUUCGGUCGGCGGCGGAAGAAUCUUUCGAGCUAUCCAGAUCACUUCUCCGGAGAAGGAAGAUAAACGGAAUACAAAAAGGGGGCCGUCUUUAAGAGUAGUGUCUCGCAGUAGAGUCGUUGAUACGUGCGCGUGUGGUCAUUGAUCGGAGGGCAAAAUGUCAAUCUUGAAAUCAAUCGUAACCUUGGCGGUGUGUGUUCAACUGUUCAACCAGGCUGUCGGCCAGUUCACAGGACCCACACUAGCCUGCGGUGGAACAUCGCUACUGAAAACGACCACAUUGAUCUCGCCGGCUCAGAUUGGAACUAAUGGCGCUGCCACGAGCUGCAGCUACAACAUUCGCGCCAUUAAUUUACGCGUCUGUCAGCUUCGCCUGGACUUCAACUCGUUCAAUCUGGCACCGCCGUCGUUCAACCCGUACCCAUCCUGUCAGAUCGACACACUUUCGAUUGCGAAUUUAAAUUUCAAUUUGUGCGGUGAAAACAGCGGACAACACAUUUAUGUGCCGUUUUCUCCUACACUGGCAAACAUGACAUUGGCCAUUAACUUCAACAUUGGCUCAAGGACUCCAGGACAAGUAGGGCCCUACUGGAACGUACGAGUACAGCAGCUAGAGUGUCCAGUAGGAGCAGCGUACGCUUCGAAAACAGCCAUCCGAACGGAGUCAUUGGUCAAGACCUUCCACAACGAUCUAGGGGAGCUUGCUCCAACGGGCUGCCUCCAGUACUACACUGCCCCAACUGGCAUCAUCAAAUCCUUCAACUUCAACAAUGGCGGUCCAUACAUCGGAAACAUGAACUAUGCCAUCUGCUUCCGACGGACACGCACCAGUUCAACACUAAAACUAUAUGCCGACGUGUUUGACCUUGCCGCCGGAGAUGCCGCUGGAUAUGAUAAUUCGUGCUAUUCAAACAUCGCCACCCCUGGACGGUCAGAAGACUUCCUACACAUACCGGAAGGUGUUGCUCAGAUGGACCAAACCAUACGGGCGAAUCGAUUCUGCGGUCAGAGCUUGAAUCAGAAAUCAGUGGAAAGUACUACACCAGGACCAUUCGUUCUUAACUUCAACAGUGAUUCAACCUUCGGGGCCAAUGGAGCAACUGAAACCGGAUUUCAAAUAUCAUACCAAAUAGUCUGACCAUGAGCAGAAGACGGCACUUAGCAAGGACAUGCGAAAAUCAAAAUUUUUAUUUAUUUUUCUUCUGUGAGGUCAUUUACCUUCAAAGAGACUAAUGAUUGAAUAAUAACACAUUUCUGGCAAGCUGAAAGAGACAUGGAUUGGAAACUCUUACUUUAUACGUUAUGUUCUAUUCAUGUGUACCUGUGUCGAAUGAGGAAGUCAUUAAAUCCAGCAGCACUCGUGCGAAAACUUCGAAUACAAUUAAAUAUAGCGCGUUAUGUUUUUUUUUCGGAUAGUGGUAAUGAUAGUUAACUCGUUUGUAUGUUAAAUUAAAGAAACAAUAUAAUCUACGCUGUUUAUUGUAAA